AUGGACCAUCACUCUAUGAGCACAAUGGAUAUGAGCAGCAUGAGCGAUUCCAGCUCCUCAUCGAGCUCCUCAAUGACGAUGUCUAUGGUCUUCACCAAUGCCCACGACACGCCACUCUACUCCUCCGCCUGGACACCCUCCUCCUCGGGAGUAUACGCCGGCACAUGCAUUUUCCUGAUCGUCCUCGCCAUUAUCGACCGCUGCUUGAUCGCCUUCAAAGCCAUCAUGGAACGCCACUGGCUCGCAGCGCACUUGAAUCGUCGCUACGUCGCGAUUGCCGGCAAGACCAGCGAGGCUGGACGCAUUGAUGCGGACCCGGAUGCGAAGACUGCGUCGCUGAUUACGGCGCAGGGGGUCGAGGAGAAUGUCAAGGUCGUGCGCAAUAUCUCCCAUGGCCCCAUUCCCUGGCGGUUUAGCGUGGACGUGCCGCGGGCGGCGCUGUUUCUGUGCAUUGCGGGAGUGUCCUAUCUACUGAUGUUGGCCGUCAUGACGCUGAACGUGGGAUACUUCUGUUCGGUGUUGGCGGGCGCGUUCUUGGGCGAAUUGGCCGUUGGCCGAUACAUCCACUGGAACGAGCAUGCACACUGA